UCAGAGUGAGCGUCUCUCUCACUCUUCCCAGUUGUUAAGUCAGAGAGCAGAGGAGGAAGGGAAGGCAGAGAGACCAGGGGAGGUCUGACGACACCAUCCCAGCAUGCCCGGCACCUAUUUUAAAUGCACAGAUUGAUAAAUGCAAGCGCACAGUUUGGCUUUGAAUUACUGGAGGAACGUCAAGAUUCAUAACAAGGCUAUCACACUGCAAGACAUGCGUGCAUCUUUUCCUGCCAGGACAAAAACUUAGAGGAGCUUUGGAAACAUUUCAAUGCUGGAGGUCCAGUGUAAGGAUGGAUGAUGCAUGUUCCAGGCUAACGGUGUUCUUCACCGUAUUCUGAUCCAGCUAAACCAAAAAGGAGCAGCAUAAAGAUCCAAGAACUUAAUUCACCUGCAACUUUUAUCCCAGGCUGAUAUGAUGCUGUGGUACAACUUUGGCCACCACUUGCUCUCUCUGGCAGCACUUCUGGUGAUUGUGAGCUGCGGAGGAGGAGAGCAGAGGAGAGGGACGGAUAGCAGCAGCACCAGCAGCACAGGUGGUGGCAGCAGCGGCAGCAGCAGUAGCAGUAGCAGCAGUAGUGCAGGAAGUAGUAGUAAUAAUUACAACAACAGACGUUUUCAUAAGAUCCAGCAUGGCCAGUGCACCUAUACGUUCAUCCUACCUGAGGAAGAGGGAGCCAGAGGGGGCUCCUGCAGGGAGGGGAAAGCUGGUAGCCCAACUACACACAGUAGCAACUCUCUCCAAAGAGACGCUCCGCCACCUGAGCCAGACAUUCCCAGCCAGAAGAUCCAGCAGCUCGAGCACAUUAUGGAGAAUUACACUCAGUGGCUACAGAAGAUCGAGAACUACAUAAAAGAGAGCAUGAAGACAGAGAUGGCUCAAUUGCAGCAGAGCGCUGUACACAACCAGACAGCAGCCAUGUUGGAAAUGGGCACCAACCUUCUUUCUCAGACUGCUGAACAGACACGCAAGCUGACUGACGUUGAGACACAGGUUCUGAAUCAGACAUCCAGGCUCGAGAUCCAGCUGCUGGAAAAUUCUCUUUCUACAAACAAGUUGGAGAAAGAGUUAAUGGUCCAAACCAAUGAGAUCAGCAAGCUGCAUGACAAGAACAGCCUCCUGGAGCAGAAAAUGUUAGAAAUGGAGAUGCGGCACCGUGAAGAGCUGGAGACGCUGAAGCAGGAGAAGGGAAGUCUCCAGGCCCUAGUGGGGAGGCAGAGCGGGGUUAUCGGGGAGCUAGAAGCCCAACUGAGCCGGGCCACAGGAAACAGCACGGCCCUGCAGAGACAGCAGCAGGAGAUGAUGGAUACUGUCCACAAUCUGCUCCACCUCUGUUCCAAAGAUGGAGUUGUGCCUAAUAGUACAAAGGUGGAGGAAGAGAAGAAGUUCCGUGACUGUGCCGACCUGUACAAGGCUGGCGUCCAUAAGAAUGGAGUCUACACCAUCCAGAUCAACCCCCAGGAGACUAGAAAGGUGUAUUGCAACAUGGAAACAGCCGGUGGCGGAUGGACGGUCAUCCAGCGCAGAGAAGAUGGCAGUGUGGACUUCCAGAGAACGUGGAAGGAGUACAAGAUGGGUUUUGGGAGCGUGUCUGCAGAGCAUUGGUUGGGAAACGAGUAUGUUUACCAGUUUACAAGCCAGAGGCAGUAUGCCCUUCGUGUGGAACUGACAGAUUGGGACGGACACCAGGCCUUCUCACUGUAUGACCGCUUCCAGAUUGGCAGUGAGAAACAAAACUACAGGCUGUUCCUGAAAAGCCACAGUGGGACUGCAGGCAGACAGAGCAGUCUAGUAAUCCAUGGAGCAGACUUCAGCACCAAGGACAUGGACAAUGACAACUGCAUGUGCAAGUGUGCCCUCAUGCUCACUGGUGGUUGGUGGUUUGAUGCCUGUGGCCCGUCCAACCUUAACGGCAUGUACUUCACCCAAGGACAACACAUAGGGAAGUUGAAUGGUAUCAAGUGGCACUACUUCAAGGGUCCCAGCUACUCGCUACGAGCUACAGUCAUGAUGAUCCGCCCCCUGGACUUCUCCUAGUCUUUUAAACUUCCGAACGUUAAACUUCCAAACAGCUAUGUAGCACAUUAGAGGGAACAUGUCCUAUUUUAUCCUCUUGUCUCAUCUCAUUUCGCUGCCCAUGGGCGUCGUCCAGUGAAUCUUUUAUUCAACCUGGUUCUUCCCCAGAGCAACUGAUAUUUCUGUGCUACUGUUGCCUCAUAACCUUUCCCCUUAAUGAACUGAAAAGCAACCAUGGGGAGGAAGACAGAGCAAGACAUGACUCACUUGAACUGAUUUCUGUUCCACAAACAUGACCUUAUGUAAGGACAAAUGCAUUCAGGUGUGUCAUGUCACACCUGGAAUUUGUGCACAUAAGAGCUUGAUAUAAGGUCAGCUUGUAUGAGAAUUCAAGCAUGAUGUCAAACCACAAUUUUCCUGGGUACCUGUGUUGUAAUGAUAUGGAGGACAUGAACUCUUCUGUAUGGAAAGCACCUAUCACAGGGCAGCACUGACACUUAAACUGCAGGACAGAACUUAUCUGGAACGCUCUAAGAAGAAGAAUGAGAGAUACAGCUUUUUUAUUAAAAUGUUGCUCACAGAUCGCAGCCCAUAAAUAUUACAAAUGUAUUAUAUAUAUUGUGUUUUUAGCAUUAUUUUUGUUAUCCCAACUGUAUACAAUAGUCAAAGUGAGAUGAAAUUGUCUUUUGUACUGUACAGUGUAUACUGAUUUCUAUCUGCAUUAUGUAUCAAACACAUGCCCAGUUUUACAGUGACUUUGAAAUGCAAGUGAUUGGUAAUAGUUAUGAGGGACGCUUGCAGUAUUUUCUGGCAAUUACACACUAACUGUCUUGACGGAGUGUGAUUAUUUUUAGAGUGCAAGAUGUAAGGUUAUUACUGGAUUAGAUUUUGAACUAACAUCUACUUGCCUUUGUUAUUGGCUGAGAAACUACGAAUACCUGCCAAGUUUCAAAUUGUGAGUGAUCACCUUACCUCUACUGAGUAUGAAAAACAAGGAAAUUAAUUCAGAUAAAGCAUAUAAUUAGUGAUAUAUAACAAUUAGAGCUUAGUAUGUGUAGGGGGGAAUGCACGUUCGCAUUCACAACCAGUAAUGCAUAUUUUCAAAAACACACAGAGGUAUCCAACGUAUUUCUGAAAGACAUAAAUGCUUAUAUUAAGCUGGUGUCCCAAAUGUCCAAAACUCUCAAAGAAUGAGGUUAAAGUUCAGCUUACUGAAUCUUAUUUCUAUCUGGACAUUAUAAAACCCCUUUAAGACCAAAUACCUUAAGACAAACCGCAGAUCAUUAAGACAAGUUACAUCCAAACUAUUUUUCACAGACAUCAACAUGACACAACUUCAGAAUCCAGCCAGUUUCUGUUUCCCAUCAAUGCAGCUUUGGGGGAAAAAAGGAGCCGGAGUUGGAUAUGAAGCAUGAAAUUAAUGAUUUCACCAAGUGAUCCGUGUGAACACAUAUUUCAUAACCUCCAGCCUAUAACAACAGAAUCUACUUUGGAGUAUUUACUAAAGGUACAUGUGGCAAGAAGAUAUAGUGUAUCUGGAACUUGUAAGACUACAAUUGACAUGUUUAUUAGCAUUCUAAAAUUGUAUAAUUUCAAUGUGUGUGUACGUAAAGCAGCUUUCCUGAGGAAAACUUUUUUUUUUCUGGUUUUGCUCCGUACAAUGGUGUUUUGAAGUUGAGCAUAAAACAUAGAAGUUAAGAUAAUAACCCUGGUGAAAUGUGCCUUUGAUAACUUUGCUUUUACCUCAUUCAAUUCCAGAUUUGCAGAUUUUAUUUAAACAUCUUUUGUAACAUGUGGUCAGUGUUGUGUUGCUAGAUUAAAUAAAAGAGCAUGUGAUGCACUGAUGUUUUCAA